AUGGCUAGUCCUCCUGUUCUAGCGUUCGACGCCGAGGGCCGUCCGGUCAAAUUCGAAACCUGGCUAGAUGAUCUGCACCUUUUCCUACAGCUCACUGCCAAGGAAGAUAUUACACUGUACGACCACGCUCUCGGCCAUGCGACCGCCCCACUCGCUACUGCCCCCCCAACUGAGCGCUCACAGUGGCAGACCCGUGACGCGCACGCUCGCUUUGCUAUUCGCAACUCCCUGCCGCUAGAUGAGCGCGAGCACUUCGGCCAGUGCAAGACUGCUAAGGACCUCUACACAGCUGUAGUGGCCCGCUACUCCUCACCCGCUUCUGCCACACUAGGCCGCCUCACUCUCCCCUACCUGUUCCCCGACCUAGCCUCUUUUCACACUGUCGCAGACCUCAUCACCCACCUUAAGACUAGUGAGGCUCGCUUUCGCGCUGCCAUGCCUGAUGAGUUCCUCGCUAGCAACCCCCCCCCGCUCUGGAUCACUCUCUACCACGUUGUCACCCGCCUCCCUGACUCUCUGCGCCCUGUCAGGGACCAGUUCCUCUCUCGCUCCCCCACUGAGCUCACCAUAGCCCUCCUCGAGAAGGAACUGCUUGCAGCCGAGGCUAGUAUCGUCGCUGUAGGCACCUCUCGUGGCGACCCCCGCGGCCCCUUCUUCGAGGGGUGCUCCCCUUCCCCCCUCCUCCCCUCUGUCGCCUCUGCUGCUGCUGUCGACCUCCUUGGUGCUGAGAAGGUCGGGGCUGCGUCUGCUUCAGGCGGACGACGCAGGGGCAGGAGUGGCAGGAGUGGGGGUGGUGGCGGAGGAGGCGGGGGUGGAGGUGGUGGCGGUGGAGGUGCGACUGGAGAGGCUAGUGGCGGCGGUGGUGGAGGUGACAGCGGUGUUGGGAGUGGUGACAGGGGCGGAGGUGGCAGCGGAGGCGGAGGUGGUCGUGGCAGCGGCAGGGGUGGAGGUGGCCGGGGCGGAGGCGGAGGGGGUGGUGGUCGUGGAGGCCCGGCGGGCGGUCAGAGUCAGCAGCCUGCCCCGACCCUUCAGGCCGCCCGUGAGUGGUAUGCGCGGCGCAGCGUCACCUGCCAGUACGUUAUUCGUACAGGUGACCGCACUGGCCAGACGUGUGGGGGGCCGCACCAGACGGAGCGCUGCUUCGCCCGCCUCAACGAUGCGUGGCGCACUCAGUUUCCUGGUGGGGGUGAGCUGCCGCGCUGGGCUGAUCUGCUCAGGAAGGGUGUUGAUAUUUGGGCACUUGACUUUGAUGCUAUUCUCACUGCCAUGUAUGCGAUGUCUAUUAGUGGAGAGGGUGCUCAGUACUUGCGUGUUCCGCCCGACCCGGGCAUUCAGGCCAGCCCUGCUGCUGCUCUAGGUGCUAGUGUGUCUGCUUCCACAGGUACUACUGCAGCUGCUGCUCUAGGUGCUUCUGCGUCUGUGCCCCCUGGUACUGAGUCGACUGCAGCACUGCACACCUUCACACUUGACUCAGGUGCUUCUCGCUCUUUCUUUCGUGACCGCACUGUCCUUGAGCCUCUAGCUCGGCCGGUUGCUGUCUCUCUUGCUGACCCCUCUGGGGGUCCGGUCCUUGCGACCUCCUCCACCACCCUUCCGUGUCCAGCGGUUCCGUCCGGCAAGCUCUCAGGUCUCUACCUCCCCUCGUUCUCCACGAACUUGGUGGCAGGUAGUGCGCUCCAGGACUCGGGUGUUCACCAGUUCACCCCUGCCUACGAGCGUGUGACCCACUGCACGUGUGCUCGGACGGGCCGCCACCUGGCUACUUUCACUCGAGAGCCGGGGUCUGACCUGUACACACUGACCACUGAGUCCCCUCAGGUAGCUGCGUCUGCGUCAGCGUCAGGUCAGCUGUCCGCCCCCUGCUCGUGUCGCUCUCUGGCGAACGACACCGUCCUCUGGCACCACCGCCUUGGUCACCCGUCUGUGCAGCGCCUGCGGGCCAUGCACAAACGGGACCUUGUUGCUGGUCUUCCCAGGGUGCUCCCUCCCCUUCCUGACUCCCCUGCUCCUGACUGCAUUCCCUGUGUCGAGGGGCGGCAGCGCGCCGCUCCUCACUCCUCCUCCUUUCCCCCGACGACCGCUCCCCUGCAGACGCUCCACAUGGACGUGUGGGGCCCAGCCCGCGUCCGUGGUCAGGGUCAGGAGAGGUACUUCCUGAUAGUUGUUGACGACUACUCGCGCUACACCACGGUCUUCCCCUUGCGCGCCAAGGGUGACGUCCCUGGUGUUUUGAUCCCCUGGAUCAGCCGAGCCCGUCUCCAGCUAGGCGAGCGCUUUCACUCGGACUUUCCUGUCCUGCGCUUGCACUCUGACAGGGGUGGUGAGUUCGCCUCCGACCUCUUGGCAGCCUACUGUGCUGAGCACGGCAUUGAGCAGUCGUACACGCUUCCGGCCUCUCCACAGCAGAAUGGGGUUGCUGAGCGCCGCAUUGGCUUAGUCAUGGAGGUCGCUCGUACCUCCCUGACCCAUGCGGCUGCUCCCCACUUUCUGUGGCCGUUUGCAGUCCGGUACGCAGCGCAUCAGCUCAACCUCUGGCCCCGUGUCUCCUUGCCGGAGACUUCCCCGACUCUACGGUGGACGGGAGAGGUUGGCGAUGCGUCGCGUUUCCGGGUCUGGGGAUCUCGAGCUUUUGUCCGCGACACGUCCGCGGACAAGCUCUCGCGUCGCGCUGUUCCCUGUGUCUUUCUUGGCUUUGUUCCCGACGCGCCUGGAUGGCAGUUUUACCACGUCACCUCGCGCCGGGUUCUGGCCUCUCAGGACGUCACUUUUGACGAGUCCGUCCCCUUCUACCGCCUCUUCCCCUACCGCACUGCCCCGCUCCCCCCCCCGCCUCUCUUCCUCGCUCCAGGUGCUGAGGUACCAGACCCCCUCCCCCCUCAGGGUGCCGCUCCCUCAGGUGUGUCCCAGGUAGACCCGAGUGAGCCUGUCGAGGUAGCUGUUGACUCGCGUCCUGCGUCUGGGGGUGCUGAGCCUGGGAGUGCUGCGUCUGAGGGUGCGGAGCCUGGGGGUGCUGAGCCUGGGGGUGCUGAGCCUGGAGGUGCGGAGCCUGGGGGUGCUGAGCCUGGAGGUGCGGAGCCUGGGGGUGCUGAGCCUGGAGGUGCGGAGCCUGGGGGUGCUGAGCCUGGAGGUGCGGAGCCUGGAGGUACUGAGCCUGGAGGUGCGGAGCCUGGGGGUGCUGAGCCUGGAGGUGCGGAGCCUGGUGGUGCUGAGUUUGGACGUGCUGAGUCUGGGGGUGCUGAGUCUGGGGGUACUCCAUCUGGAGGAGCCCUCUCCUCCCAGCAGCUGCAGGAGAGGUACCUCGAGUACUGCCGCCUCCGGAGAGGUGCUUCUGGAGCUCGUCCCGGUACUUCCCCUCCUACCCAGGAGCUCCCCCCCAUUCAGGUGAUCCGCGAGUGGUACACGCGGCGCUGCAGUCUUCGUAGUGGUGCUGCUGCUGGUGCUGAGGACCUGACCAGUGCCCCUGCUGCUGGUGCUGAGGACCCGGGCGUUGGAGCUGCUGCUCGUGCUGAGGACCCGACCGGUGGUGCUGCUGCUGGUGCUGAGGACUCGGGCGUUGGAGCUGCUGCUGGUGCUGAGGACUCGGGCGUUGGGGCUGCCACUGGUGUCCCUGCUGCUUCUGGAGACGCUGCGCGGCCGCGACCGUACUUCGUACCGCUCCUUCAGCAGGUUCUUGGUCAGGCUCCUCCUCCUUGUCCUCCUUCCUCCGUCGAGUGUCCUCUGCCUGUCCAGCCGCAGUCACAGUUACCGCCUGUCUCGCCUCUCCCUGCUCCCUCCCCUUACGCUGGUCCCACAGGAGGUCUUACAGAGCGUCGUGAGCCUGAGUCUCGUCCUGCGUCGCCUGUUCGUACUGCUCGCACUGGUCGUCGUGUCCCACGUGAGCGUCCUCCUCCUGUCCCUGGCACUCAUUACAUGACUCUGCGUCCCUCCACUGCUCCGCAGCGUGUCCCGCUGCCGUCUCCUCCUGCGUCCUCUCUUCCUACUCUUCCUGACCCGGAGUCUGACUCCCGUCGUGCUGCCAGUCCCACUGUUACGCGUCUCCUCGCUACAGUUGUCACUGACCCGACCUUUGAGUCCUCUGCUGCGUUUGCUCUGGUCGCUGAGUUGGUUGACUUUGCUGCUCGCUGUCGCCUAGACUACGCUGCCAGCCUUGUCGCUAGGUCUGAGUCUGCGUCUGCCUGUCCUCCGUCCGUCGGGGGUGAGUGUGCCCUCGGCACGGACGUCCUUGAGGACAGACAGGAGGAGUUCCACUGCCUUGCUGCUGCUUUGCCCCGUCUCGUGUCCUUGCUAGUUGCCCCUGAGGGAGACCCGGAUGCACCAGACAUCCCGACCCCACGCUCUUACGCUGAGGCGAUAGCGGGUCCCUACUCCUCUCAAUGGCAGACAGCCAUGGACGCAGAGAUGGCCUCCUGGAAGUCCACAGGCACCUACGUAGACGAGGUUCCCCCUCCUGGGGCGAACAUCGUCAGUGGCAUGUGGAUUUUCAGGGUGAAGCGGCCGCCGGGUUCUCCACCUGUCUUCAAGGCGCGCUACGUGGCUCGAGGCUUCAGUCAGCGAGAGGGAGUAGACUUCUUUCAGACCUUCUCCCCCACCCCGAAGAUGACUACUCUUCGGGUGCUGCUGCACAUAGCCGCUCACCGCGACUACGAGCUUCACUCUCUUGACUUCAGCACUGCUUUCUUGCAGGGCAGCCUGCACGAGGAGAUCUGGCUGCGCCGCCCCCCUGGCUUCACUGGGUCAUUUCCUCCUGGCACCCAGUGGAGGCUUCAGCGGCCGGUCUACGGUCUCCGCCAGGCGCCACGUGAGUGGCACGACACACUGAGGACGACACUUGCGGCUCUUGGGUUCGCUCCCUCUACUGCUGACCCGUCGCUGUUUCUACGCACCGACACCUCGCUGCCGCCGUUCUACAUCCUCGUGUACGUCGACGACUUGGUCUUUGCCACUGCUGACACCGCGGCACUCGCUCACGUGAAGUCGGAGCUGCAGAGGAGACACACGUGCACAGACCUGGGUGAGCUGACGAGCUAUCUUGGCUUGCGGAUCACCCGGGACAGAGCGCGGCGCACCAUCACCCUGACUCAGUCACACAUGGUGCAGCAGGUUCUCCAGCGCUUCCGCUUCACGUACUCCUCGCCUCAGUCCACUCCUCUGCCUACCGGUCACUCGCUCUCAGCUCUGCCUUCGGAUGAGUCCGUAGAGCCGAGUGGCCCGUAUCCAGAGCUUGUGGGCUGCCUCAUGUACCUGAUGACCUGCACUCGACCUGACCUUGCAUACCCUCUUAGCAUCCUAGCACGCUAUGUCGCUCCUGGCCGUCACCGGAAGGAGCACAUGGAUGCUGCUAAGAGGGUGUUGCGCUACUUGUGCAGUACGUCGGGCAUGGGGCUUGUGCUUGGAGGGCGAGACCGGGUUGUUCUCACAGGGCACUCAGACGCUUCUUGGGCAGACGACCAGGCUACUCAGCGGUCGUCCCAGGGUUACACCUUCAGCCUUGGCUCUGGCUCAGUUUCUUGGCGUUCUACUCGCUCUUCUUCUGUUCUCAGCUCCAGUUGUGAGGCUGAGAUCUACGCCACAGCCAUGGCUGCUCAGGAGCUACGCUGGCUGACCUACCUGCUGACCGACCUCGGAGAGCGGCCUCGUUCUCCUCCAGUGCUGUACGUUGACAACAAGGCUGCCAUUGCCUUGUGUGAGGAGCACAGACUGGAGCACAGAACGAAGCACAUCGCUCUGCGGUACUUCCUUGCUCGAGAGCUGCAGCAGCGUGGUCAGCUUUGUCUGCGUUACGUGGCCACGGAGGCCAACACUGCUGAUGUGUUCACCAAGGCGCUUCAGCCUUGUGACCAUCAGCGCUUUUGCACUCUACUAGGCCUUGUACCUACUGGGCCUCACUUGCUUACCUCUUGA